AUGUCUCUCAGGCCUAGCGCGAAGACGGAGGUCCGACGGAACCGGUACAAAGUGGCGGUCGAUGCGGAGGAGGGACGGCGGAGGCGAGAGGAUCACAUGGUCGAGAUCAGGAAGAAUAAGAGGGAGGAAAAUCUUCAGAAGAAGAGACGCGAGGGAUUCUCUGCCGCCGCGCAAACUGGACAGGAUCUUCCUUCGGCGAUGAAAUUGAAGGAAAAUCUACCGGAUAUGGUUGCUGGAAUCUGGUCAGAGGAUAGCAAGUUACAACUGGAAGCAACAACUCUCUUGCGGAAAUUGCUUUCAAUUGAACAAAAUCCUCCUAUCAAUGAUGUUGUACAGUCUGGUAUUGUUCCUCGCGUUGUGACGUUUCUUUCAAGGGAUGACUUUUCCAAACUUCAGUUUGAGGCAGCUUGGGCGCUCACCAACAUUGCUUCAGGGACAUCAGAGAACACAAAUGUCAUCAUUGAAAGUGGCGCUGUCCCAAUAUUCGUCCAGCUUCUCACCACAGGUGAUGAGGAUGUUCGUGAACAGGCUGUUUGGGCAUUGGGAAACAUUGCUGGAGACUCACCAAAAUGCCGUGAUCUUGUCCUUAACUUUGGUGCCAUGAUGCCUCUUCUGUUGCAAUUCCAUGAGAAUACAAGAAACUCAAUGCUGAGGAAUGCUACGUGGACGCUAUCAAACUUCUGCAGAGGGAAGCCGCAGCCUUCAUUUGAACAGACGAAACCAUGUUUAUCACAUCUUGUGCGCCUUAUUCAAACAACGGACGAAGAGGUCCUCACAGAUGCAUGCUGGGCUCUGUCAUACCUCUCGGAUAACUCAAACGACAAAAUAGAAGCGGUGAUCGCUGCAGGCGUUGUCCCUCGCCUCAUCGAGCUCUUAGCUCAUUUGUCUCCAACAGUGCUGAUUCCUGCUCUUCGUACCAUUGGGAAUAUUGUAACCGGCACUGAUCAACAGACUCAGACGGUUCUCGACCAUCAAGUGCUUCCUUGUCUUUUGAACUUUCUAACGAACUCUUACAAGAAGAGUAUCAAGAAGGAAGCUUGCUGGACUAUCUCAAACAUUACAGCUGGGAGUUUUAAUCAGAUACAGCAAGUGAUUGAAGCAGGUUUAAUCCAGUCUCUUGUUUGGGUGCUCCAUAACUCAGAGUUCGAAGUCAAAAAAGAAGCUGCUUGGGCAAUCUCAAAUGCUACUUCUGGUGGCACUAGUGAGCAAAUCAAGUUUAUAGUGAACCAAGGUGCUAUCAAACCGAUAUGCGAUCUUCUCAACUGCCCAGAUCUAAGAAUCAUAACGGUCUGUUUGGAAGCGCUGGAGAACAUUCUCAAGGUUGGAGAAGCGGAGAAGAUCUUAGGUCACACGGGAGACGAAAACCUCUACGUUACACUGAUAGAGGAAGCAGACGGAGUUGAGAAGAUUGAGAAUCUUCAGUCUCACGCCAACGACGAGUUAUACAAGAAAGCCGUUGCCAUCCUUGAGACCUAUUGGACUGAAGACGAUGAUGAAGGAGGCAACGAUGAGAAUCACGCUCCGCAAUCCGGUUUCCAGUUCGGAAGCCCUAAUGUUCCUCCUGGUCAAUUCAACUUCAUUUGA